GCCAAUGCCUUUUAAUAGCUUAACUGCGCAUUGAAGAUGGUCAAACGCAAUUUCAAACUUCUGGGCUAACCCCGUCACAUUUUUGACAAUACAGUAGCCUACACUUGACUUGACUUGACUGCAUACUUCAGAUGUACCUGCCUGACGUAGCCUGCCCAAAAAUAUUCUGACAGCGAGUUAAACACAGCCCGAGGGCCACCCAACUUCUGCAAGUUGCAGAUAACAGAACUUUUCUUUGCGGAAGACGCAUCUCUUUUCGACAGACGCUCGAUUCCCCUAACAGAUUGUUUACAUUUAUUUGUAGCGCUGCAUCUAUGCAUGACAAACUUAAACCUGCGAUACGCCAAUGGCACUUGUAAAAUAUAACAGUUUUAUAGUGAACAAAUUAGCAAAAUUGCCAGAGGAAGUCAUGGCAAAAUUGCGCUGAAAUCGGCAUCAUAAUCGCAUCAUUCGAAACACCACCAAACAAUCCUGAGUGGCACGGAUGACGACCGCGGAGAGCGUGCACGAACACCAUCCGGAUGGAUUUUACAAGGCAAUUAUGGCAGAAAACGUAGUGUUUUUAACGACACGUGAAAACAGACGUCUUGUCAGCUUGCCUUUGAAAAGCCUAAGAUGGAUUGAUUUAAGUGAUCGGGGGCUUGCUAUACUGCCAAUCCACCUGGCUGCUACAUACAGGAAAGCGCAAAGCAUAGAGGUUCUUCUGGAGGCUGGUGCCGAUCCAGAACAGAGGGACCAGCGCGGCCGCAAUGCCCUGCACCUGGUCAUCACCCACUGGCCCAACAUCGUGCCCGCCUGGCCCGCGGCCCGCACCAAGCUCCGCGUCACCAUGGAGACCAUGCAGCAGCGGGCCGAGGACUGCCUGCGUGUGCUGUGCGAGCGCGGCAUGGACCUGAACGCCUGCGUCGGCGGCGACAGCGACACCCGUCAGACUGCUCUGCACCUGGCCGUGCGCUACGGCGCCCUCCCCGCCGUGGCCAUGCUGGCCAGCUACGGCGCCAACGUCAACCUGGCCGACACCGUUGGCAUGACGCCGCUGCACAUGGCCGCCGGCGUCCUCCACACCGACAUCGUCGCCUGUCUGAUCGAGCUCGGCGGCGACGUCAACCGCGUGGUGGAGUCGUCCCGCAACACACCGCUGCACCUGGCCACCAGGGCCGCGGCCAGCAGCUUCACCAACACCCACGCCGACAGCGCGGGGUGCCUGACGGCCAUCUUGGAAGGCGGCGCCGAGCUGGAGGCCGUGAACAAGCAGGGCUGGACGGCCCUGCACAUGGCCUGCAGCGUGGGCAAGGAGAACGUGGUGGACCUGCUCCUCCGCUACGGCGCCGACGUCAACAAGGUGACCGCCAACGGACAGAACUGCCUCUACCUGUUCCUGGAGCACAGGCCCAACCUGAGUAAGAAGCGGCUCCUGGGCAAGCUGCUCUAUCUCACCGUGCCCCUGAAGCUGACCAACUCCCUACCCAGGUGCCUGCGGACGACCGAGUAUGCCAAGCAAAGAUCCCAGCUGGCGAACUUCUCCCAGCAGCCUCGCGCCCUACAGGACCUCUGCAAGAUCCGGGCCUACCAGCUCUACGGCGAGGGCGACAAACCACUGCUAGGCGAUCUGCUCCCGCCGAGAAUAAUCGACUUCAUCUUUGACUACUGGGACAGCCCCGUCGAAAUCGACUUUGACACCGACGAUGACAAACCGAGGAGGCCCAAUGCCCACCACUUCGUCCCUCCUCCUGACUUCUGGAAUGUACAUUUUCCACAUUUCCCGCGCCCCCCGAACUUCCCAAACCACACACGACCGAAUUUCGCCAACAAUCCUCCGAACGCACAGAACGCUCCGCGGGAUUUUCCAAAUGUCAACAGCAACUCCAAUCCGCCACGUGAUUUCCCACACCUUCAGGAAAUGUAUGCAAACAUCUCGCAAGACUUAGAAAACAUGAUGCGAGACUUCGGACAAGGCAACGCACCGCGUCCUUCUGCAACACUUGCCAACAUCUCGCAAAACCUCGAAAACAUAAUGCAAGACCACUUCAGACAAGGCAGUACAGCACGCCCUUCUGCAAACACUAGGCAGGGUGCACCAAGCACUGGCCAACGUAUGCCAAACACCGAACAAAACUUACCAAACACUGAACAAAACUUUCCAACCACCAGAUAUCAUUCCAACCACCAGAUAUUCACUUUCACAACCGAAACCAAUACAACCACAACACCCCGUUUUCCAAAUGCAACAACACAGGGUGUCCCAAGCGCUGGACAAGCCGGCGCGAGAAAUACUCCAGGAAGCACCCCAAUCCGACCAGGAAGCAUACCAGCCUUUCGCAGUCCACUGAUCUCAGGUAUUCCCUUUCACAGUGUUCCCUCACCAUUCCCGAACGUGACCCAAAGGUCUGGCUUCACAUUCACCACAGAUGAUUUGGGAAACAUUCCCACUUUCUCAAACCUUCCAAAUUUCAGUUUUAACUGAGGGAAAUUAAACAUCUUUUACAAACAAAUUUAACAUCUUUUGAAGCACUUUUUUGACAGAAGUAUGCACUGGUGUGCUAGAAUAUCCCAUUUCCAAAGUCUCUACCUCUGUGAACAGCACAUCAAUGGAUGGGUUACUGGCUUGGCAAUAAACGUGCAUAUUGACUUACAUA